AUGGCAAAGGUUUCGGGUUCCGGUACUGUGCUACAUGCACCAAUCGAAUGGGCUCAGAGGGACAACAUAUUGUUUCUGACAAUUUGUGUGGACGAUUGCAAGGCGCCAGAGAUCGACAUUAAAGAUGAUAAGCUGACAUUUAAGGGUUUUGGAGGUCACCCUGAGAUUGAAUACCAGUCUGAAAUUGAGUUUUACAAGCCUGUCGAUGCUGAGAAAGCGAAGCGGAUUCCUUCGGACCGACACAUUCAAUAUGUUAUUCCGAAGAAGGAGGCGGGACCGUUUUGGCCGAGAUUAGUUUUAUCCAAGCAACGGGCACCUUGGAUUAAAGUUGAUUUCAACAAGUGGAAGGACGAAGACGAAGAUUCGGCAGACGAGUCGAAAUGGAACAUGAACGACUUCGGAGGUGGUGCAGGCGCUGGUGGCAUGUUCGGAGGUUCUGGCAAAAAUAAUUUUGGCGACUUAGUAAGCAGUUUGAAUCUAUUGGCUAACUUAUUUGAAGUCAGAGUUGACAAGUUAUCCUGA